AUGGGUGGUGGUUCCAUUCUUUCUUCUUCUAACGGUAUAUACGAAGAUUUUCCCUUUCCCAGGGAUAAUAGUGUGGAAAGUGGAAACACUUCAUCUUGUGAUGAUUUUGUAGUCGGCGAGAGGAAUAAGAGAGUUAGUAUCAACCAGGAAAUCUUGCAAAGUUUCAAUGAAUUGAAAAUUGAUAGCGAGAGUUUGAAAAAGGGGAAGAAGAAAAUAUUGAGCUAUAGGCCUGGAACAUGGAUUUGGAAGGCUAGGGGAUUAAAGGUGUGUGAUUAUGAUGUACCAGAGACAACAUGCCUCAUAUUAGUUGGUCCAAGUCGAUCUGGGAAAACUAGUCUCAUAAAUAGAAUCUCCAAGGUGUUCAACGACAAAUUUGAACCCGCAAGAGCACAAGUAUCAUAUAACUCACUUAUAGGAGAUGGAACAUACUUCCUCCAUGAGUAUAUGAUUCCGAGAAACUCAAAUUCUAUCUGUCUGUAUGAUACACGUAGUUUGUCGGAUAAUUCUCACCAGAAUCACAAAAUGCUGAAGAAUUGGAUGACAAAAGGUGUUCGUGAUGGAGAGCUUGUUGUCAGGAGUACGGAUAAUCAGAGACUGAGCGAAAGUUUGAAGUGUAAAGGUGACAAGAAAGGUUUCAUUUCCAGUAAGAGAAGAAAAGUUAAUUUUGUAAUAUAUGUCGUUAAUGGUCUUUCGGUUCUGAGUGCGAUGAAGAGUGCUGGUGGUGCUUCGGAAGCACAGUAUAUUAAAACUGUUGUUUCUACCUUCAAUUACCCAUUCCUGUCAUUUAAAGAUGACAAACCAGUACUAGUUUUAACUCACGGGGAUCUCCUAUCUCUCUCUGACCGUGCUCGUGUUCGUGCAUUUUUGGGGGAGCUAUUGGGAAUUCCACCAACGCAAAUUUUUGACAUCCCAGACUAUGAUGACCCUGUGACUGAAUCUGCCAUAAUUGGAAUGUUAAGACAUACUCUUGAGCAUGCUGAUAGAAAUUUCCCUCAGAAACGCAAUGAUAUGAAUAAGGUUUUUAAAAUAUCUGCUUCAGUAUUCAUGAUUUUGCUGAUACUAGGAAUAGGAUUUGCCAUUGGCUUGGCACAAAAUAAGCUCAUGCACCAGUGUCAUGCCCCUCAACAGCAAGGACCUCAACCGCAAGCUUGUAGUAGUGAAGUUCGUGAAAUGCAUCCAAAUCUGAAAGUUCAUAAAAAGGAACCCAAGAUUGAACGUCCAAAACCGAAAGUUCCUGAAAAGGAACCUAAGAUAGAGUGGCAUAAAAUUCGGCACAUAUGGUAA